GCUGCUGCAAUGCAUGUCAAUACAGAGGUUUAUGGGUAUUUUGUGUUCACAGAUGCAUCCUUGAAAAUUCUCAGAAUGAAGAGCGCGAAUUUGGAGUGUUCUUCACACUGGAACAGUGCUCGAUGGAGUUCAAGUGACGUGGCGUCCUUGAAAAGGCGGCCAUUGAGUAUAUUUCCUUGACUUUGGGAAAUGGCUCCUCAGCUCUCAGUCUCCAAGGGAAGGGACCGCCCCCACCAACAAUCAAGCUGACCAGACAAUGUGCCCUUGCACGCUGACGGCCAGGAGCAGCGCGUCUGCCUCCAGCAAUCAGGAGCCCAGGCCUGUGGUGGCUGUGUUGCUUAUGAGGGGGGUCCGCGACGACGUGCUGCUGGACCUUGAGCGAAUCAUCACCGAGAGCGGUGAACACGGCGAUGAGAACACCACCCACCAGUUCACCACCAGUGUCUCAGACAACCAGCAGGAGGGCCUGAGAGACUCUCCGGCUGCCCAGUACCCGGAAGCCGAGUCCAGGAUCGAGUUUCUGGGCUGGUCCAUGCCCUACCCGAAAGGUGUCCGGAUCCCAGACUCCCCCGACAGCGACAGGUACUGGGACUACAUCCAGUACGCCGAGGCAGUGGACCGUCUCAACAAGUGUCUGGACCCUGGCAAAACCUGCCGGACCUGUGUGGAGAGACUGCAGAGGAUCUACGGAAUCGAGGCCAGACUGGACUGGAGUCUGCAGCUGAGCUCUGAUGAGGAGUCGGUGACUGAUGACUCGAGGUUCUACAUCAGGCCACGUGCUGAUGGCCCAGUGCCCCUUUACUACAAGAGAGCUGGUAGGACCUGGCACGAAUCCUGCUCAUCCAGUGAAGACACCUCCGACCUGACAGAUGUGGAGCGUUGGUCAGAGGCGUGCCAACGGGGAGGGGAGAAGAGGGAGCGGCGUGUCUCACAGAGUCCCCCGGGAGCCUCGGCCUCGGUUUCCCCACUCUCCCCUAAGAGGAGGAUGCUGACCCACUGGAGACCAGCAGAUGACGACUCCGACUAACACCAAACCUCUGCCACAGCAACCAGAACGGUGUUCGGCUUUGAUUACAUUUUUAAAUAAUCUUCUUUAGCAGAGUGACCAUCGACGCAUUUACUUUUGAUUCUUAAUCAAUCUUUUAAGACUUUUAAUCUUUUAAUAUAUAUUCUUCAAAAUAAACAGCAUGAAAUUCCA